UCCUGUAAUUCGAUGCUUAAUGAUAGCGGCAGCAGCCGCCGCGCAAAAUCGCGUAACUUUAAGGUGCUCGACAACUCGAUCAAGAUUCCAAACCGGUAUUACGGACGAAAAUCGUCGAAGGAAGCCUACUCGCCGAAUAACACGACGUCGCUUCGCCUAAAUCGGUCUUGACUACGUUUCAUAUUCGUAUGUGUAUAUAUUACAACACUGUAAAACUUAAAAAAAAUUCUCAUACCUCACGUUGUGUUAAUUGAUUCACUUCGACGUGGCGGUCGAGGCCGCGAAGAUGUGCGUGUAAAGUUCACUAUAUAAGGAAUCGUCGAAUCGCUGAGUUGAUGACUAGCUUUUGACCGUUAUCGAAGGUACGGUGGUUUUUCCCGUUUGAACGUGUCUUUCUGUUGUUUCCUCAUUCGUUUUUGUACUUACUAUCGUAAGUAAAACGUAUGUACUCGGAGAAUUUCGUGAUCAAUCUGUAAAUUAAAAACACUUGCAUCGUUAGAUUGUGUGUGCAAUUGUUACAACAAAUAUUGUAAGAUAGACAGAGGAAAGUAUAAAAAAUGAAAAUACUUUUAAUUACGCUGUUAUUAUUCAUCGCGCUGGGAGCUAAAGCCGAAUGGCGGCCACAUCGGGGCUUCGGUUUUGGAAGAGGAAGAGGACCUCCAUGGGGAUAUCCGCAACAGAAUCAAAUCAAUAUCAAUUCCGAAGGAAUCGAGUGGGUGUGCCAAAACCCAAAGACCAAUGACAUAAUGAUCAUUGCUUCUGACGAUACGCCGCAACAACAGCCGCAACAGCCUCAACAUCCCGGCAGAGGCCCGUGGUGGCAAUGGCAAUCCCAGCCACCUGGACAUCAGAAUCAUCACCAACAGCAAGAUGGUAAUCACUGGACUGUCAUUACAAAAGAUCCUACACGAGAGGGAACUCACAACCAGUUUCCAAAGAUACCCGAAAUUCCUAAUAACAACCAUCAAUCGGAAACCACGCCGCAUUAUCACGGCGGAGAAGGAUUAAUCGAUAUUAGAAUGGGAGAAUAAAUAUCAAGACAAAGAUUACAAAUGUCAAAAUUUAAAGGUUUUGAUGUGUUUUAUAUAUAUAUAUAUACUUAUCGAAAAGAAAUUGACUUGAAACUUCCGAACAAAGAAAAAUUUUAUGCAAAAUUCUAUACCGAAGAUGCGUACUUUGUACCUACCAUUUAUUGUAUAACAUUCAACGACUAGCUUACAUCAAAUAAAUAAUGAUGCGAUAAUAAAUCUGAACAAUAAAUAUUAUUAUAAUAUAGUCGUGAGAGUGUCAUCUCUCUAUAUUAUAUUAAGCAUCGUGGACGAUCGAGUCUCGGAAUUCACAGAUAAUAUUGUAACGUAUAUAUAGCGAAGAGAAAAUUUAUGAAAAUACUUUUCGAACUUUACAUAAAAUUUAUCGAAUAAAAUUCAACACA